AUGCAUGUAUAUUGCCUGUGCCUAGAUAUAACCUCUGAUGAUCCAUAUUGAUUAAGAACUUACUAUACUAAUAAGACUAUAAGAACCUUACCAACAAACCUCUGCAAUUCAAGAGAAACAUAAGAGGUCUCGAAAAACAUAGAUGGCGACAGUUAUCCAAGAGACUCUGCCAACUCCUCUGGACUCAACUUCAUCACCACCACCUCUUUUUGAUGGAACAACAAAGUUGUACACAAAUUAUAAUUGCCCAUAUGCACAGCGUGUUUGGAUUACUAGGAAUGUUAAGGGGUUGCAGGACAAGAUCAAAUUGGUUGGUAUUGACCUUCAAAAUAGGCCUACCUGGUACAAGGAAAAAGUCAAUCCUGCAAACAAGGUCCCUGCAUUGGAACACAACAACAAAAUUACAACAGAAAGCCUUGAUUUGAUCAAAUAUGUUGACAGUAACUUUGAAGGGCCAACCCUUCUCCCUGAUGAUCCUAGAAAGAGAGAGUAUGGAGAGGAAUUGCUAUCUUAUACAGACACCUUCAAUAAAUCUGUGCUCAUUUCAAUUAAAGAUGCAAAUGCUGAAGAUGGUGCUCCUUUUGAUUACCUAGAAAAUGCACUCUCCAAAUUUGGUGAUGGGCCUUUCUUCCUUGGUCAAUUCAGUCAGGUGGAUAUAGCUUAUGUUCCAUUUGUUGAAAGAUUUCAACUUCUUCUACUAGACGUGAAGAAGUAUGACAUCACAAUGGGCAGGCCAAAGCUAGCAGCAUGGAUUAAUGAGAUGAAUAAGUUGGAGGCCUACAAACAUACCAAACGUGAUCCCCAGGAGCUAGUUGCAGGCUUGAAAAGACUACUUUUUGGUUAAUUUGGUGGAUGGGAUUCAAAAAAAAUAAAUAAAUGAAUGGACAUAUGCUAUAAAGUCUCCUUUGAUCUCCUUGAGAUGUUCUAUACGGUGUGGCUCAUAUGUAAUAUUUUUAUGAAUAAAGAAAGGAUGUUCUCUUGAUGAAAUUUUAUUAAUAGGAAAAAGUUUGCUACGCUGCCUAUGUAUCUUAAUACCCUAAAAAACAAUGGAACCCAUUAACUCUCUCUUUUCUAUUCUGAUAA